AUGUAUAAGUUUCUUCAUCCAGUUGGAGCUCGGGUGGGAUGGAAGAGAUUGAUCUGUAAUAGCCAUGCUAGUCCAAAGAGUACUUUCAUUAUGUGGCUAGCAGUGCAGAACAGGCUAGCUACAAAAGACAGAUUGAUAAGAUGGCAGCUGAAUAUUGAUGGUGCUUGUGGCCUGUGUGUGACUAGAACUAUGUUGCCUUGGCAUGAUGAAGUACAGAUUGCAGUGAAGAAAAGCAGAAGAAAACAGAAGAAGGCUUGCAAGUAUAGUAUAGCUUUCAUUGAGUCAGUUUACUGUAUCUGGUUGCAAAGAAACUCUAAGGUGUUUAGGGAUCAUGUUGAUCCAGUCAAAUAUGUUGUGAGCAACAUUAUGUUUAAUGUUGAGUGUAGAUGUUUUAAUACUCUCACUCAGUGGCCUUCUAAUAACAUUGACGAAGGUGAUGUGUGUGCAUUUGAAAUUAAUGGAAGAUAG